AUGAUCUUUCCAUUCGUUAAAGUCAUUGCUGUUGCCGCUGUUGCAAGUGCCGUUCCUUUCAAGCGUUACGACAACAACACUGAAGCUUACUCUCCUCAGUCUGCUGAAUAUGACACCACCGUGACGAUUGAUAAAUUCAUAACUAUCACCUUGCCCUCGACUACUUUGACAGUCCCCGCCACUGCGUCAGAUGACGUCGCCAAAGCAAUCAGCCUGGCUGAGGCUGUCGGUCUGACUGAGCCGAUCACCGUUACUUCCACCAUCGUCGAGUAUACGACUAUCGAAGACCAUGGUUCUGCUGUCGAGUCUCCAAUUGCAACAAAGACAAGCACAAUUACCUCGACCCCAACAACGACCUCUACGAUCACACAGUUCGUGACAAUCACUGAACCGGAAUCAUCAAGCGCUUUGGAGGCAUGUGCCGCUUCUACUGUCACUGUGACGGUCACUGAGAAGGAAUCUUCGAAGUCCGAAGCUGAAGCCGCUGUUGUGACUGGAACCUCCACUCAUGUCUCUGCCUACCCUGUUGAGGCUGAAUUCACUUUGAGUGGAACCACCACGACCAUCACUUCAUACGUUGACGUAACCACCACGGAAAUUUUUACCACUUCUGCCUCAUUGAACUCAACCAAUUCGUUGCAAAGCUCUAAUGGUACCUAUCAGGUUCCAUCAAACUUGAAAAGAGCUGCCUUGUACGCCUUCUGA